AUGACACAUUUUCUCGAUCGAGUGAGAACAGUCCUCCGGAGAGGCAAACGGAACUCGGUCUCCGCUGGACCAAAGGAAUCAGUAUGGAAGAAACUCCCUUCCCAUGUUUUUGUUGCGAUAUUGGCAUCCUGUGAUUUGAAAGACAUUGGAUCUUUGGCUAUCUCCUGUCGAUCACUGCACGACCGAGUCACCAAGCUGGACUUUGCCAUAGCGUGGGCAUAUAUUCAACUUCGUAAACAGAUGCAUCAUGAGGGGCACUCUAUUGAUGGCGUUUUAUCGCCAGGAGAUGAUAUCGCAUUUAUCUCUGAGUUAUUUCCUCCUCCGCCGCCUGAAUACAACUCAGACAUGGACCAAGAUAAUGCAGGAUAUUCUCUGGGAUAUCUCGGUGACUUGACGCGCUGUUGGAAGACUUGUAUUCGGCUAUCCUAUCACCUGGCUGAUCAUGUGGUUGAGCAUCACCUGGAAACGGAUCCAAUUGCCCAUCCUCUGUGGUCGUCUUCCAAGACGGAGAAAGAAGUUGUGUACAGCAAAGCUGUGGUAUCACUCCAGGCCAAGCUUCUAUAUCCGAUAGCCUAUGCAGUAUUCUUCCUUGAGUCUUGCGCCUUUUCGGCCCAUGAAUCUCAUCACUCAGGUCACGGACGUGAUAUGGCCUCGUCCAUCGAAAGGCAGCAAACAAUUCUUCAAAAGGCACCUUUUACAGACACCCAAAUCUUUCUCUCCACUCACCACUGCAUGCAUCUACUUUUUUCAACGGUUCAGCGCUUAAUGGGCCCGGAAAUUCCCCAUUCUUCUGCGGAAAGUUGGAUCAGUCUUCUUCUUACCACUUCGACCAUGGAAAGAAUUGUCAGCUUCUUUGUUUCUGUCGCGAAGGAUGAUCAUAGUAAACGGAAGGUCGUUCAUGAUUCAACAUGGUCCCAUCGCAAGGAAUUCUUGCUGAGUAUGCGAAAAGAUCUGAACGACUAUAUGGCAUCUGUCAGCGAUCAUGGCAAGAACACAAAUCAUGAACCAGAGCUGAACCAUGUAUGGUUUCAAGCAGCAUGCCAUGAAAUGGAUAGACGAGGUGCUAUUCCGCAUACUGUUCAAGAUACAGAGGUGCAUAUUCUGCAUGGGUCUGUUGUGAAGUUGGAGUGUGAAUCUUGUUAUGAUUGCUAUGACGAAUGA